UUAUUCCCUCCAACCCUUGUCUCACUUUUCUCUUCCUUCUCUUCUUUACUCUUUCUUCCCUCUCUCUUUCUUCUAUUCCUAGCUAGGAGAAGCAGGAUCAGAGCUGGAAGCAGAGAGGAGAGAAAAAAUGGCGCCAUAAGCUGCUCUAUAACAAGUUUUAACAUCAUGACGUGGUGCAAUGACUGCACCGAUGUCCAGACCAUCGAAACCAGCUCUCCUCCUCCUCCGGCGAAUCAUAGCAAGUCCAGUAGCAGCGAUCAUCAACAUCACCAUCGCCAUGGCUUCACCAAGAGCUGCCCUUCUUGUGGCUUCCAGAUCAAAUGCCAAAACCAGGCUCGGAUCCACGAUCUGCCGGGGUUGCCAGCGGGAGUGAAGUUCGAUCCGACGGACCAGGAGCUGCUUGAGCAUCUGGAAGGCAAAGUGAAGUCGGAUGCUCGUAUGCUUCACCCUCUCAUCGAUGAGUUCAUCCCUACCAUUGAUGGAGAGAAUGGGAUCUGCUACACUCACCCUCAAAAGUUGCCAGGCGUGAGCAAAGACGGCGUCGUACGGCACUUCUUCCACCGUCCCUCCAAAGCCUACACCACCGGCACCCGAAAGCGGCGCAAGGUCCACUCCGACGACCCGGGAGGCGGCGGGGCCAGCAGCGGCGGCGGCGGCGGGGAGACACGGUGGCACAAGACCGGGAAAACAAGGGCGGUGCAAGUCGGAGGGAAGACCAAAGGUUACAAGAAGAUACUCGUCCUCUACACAAACUACGGCAAGCAAAAAAAGCCCGAGAAGACCAACUGGGUGAUGCACCAAUACCACCUCGGCUCCAGCCAGGAAGAGAACGACGGCGAGCUCGUCGUCUCCAAGGUCUUCUACCAGACCCAACCCCGACAGUGCUCCUCCGCAGCAGCCACCAGCAUUACCAAUCCCCCGACGGCGGCGCCGGGCUCGAGACUGAAAGGGCCGCCGCCGUUCUUGAUGAUGACGACGACGACUCACCACCACCACCACCAUAGAAGUGUUGUUAACGGCGUUGAUAACAAUCUCACGGAGUAUUACGGCGCUCAUCUUCCUUCUAGCACUUCGGCCGCGGCGGCCGGAUUUAUAACGUUUGAUCAAGGUGGCAGCAGAUCGUCACCGUCACCGGCAGCCGCAGCUCCUUCUCAGCAGCAAUUGAUGAAUAAUCCUCAUUUCAACAUCCAUGAGCAUGCUUCCUCUAACUAUGAUAUUCCUUGAUAACUUGGAAUGGUGAAAGGCAUGCAUGCAACUACGUACGUGGAGGAUGGUAGAAGAACAAUAACUAAUGGGGAUUAAUUUUCUCUAUAAUAUUAUAUUUGGGACUUCAAUACGUCGAUUAGGUUAAUAAUUUGUCUAGUGAUGAAUAUAAUUAGUGCCUAGUGAUGGUGGAAAAAAAAAGGGACCAUCAUAAUUCACGUGGGGUGAUGAUUUCUGGAGGACAGAGGAGACAAUGAUAUCUAUUCCACAGCUGGUUAGCUAACUUUGGAAUUGUACAAAAAAGAUGAUUCUUAUAAUGGGUCAAGGAUAUUCUAUCCGACCAGCUGUUUUGGCUUAUUAGUUGCUCUUUAUUGUGCUUUAGUUAGGGCUUUGAUAUUGUAGUGACUAAUAAUGAGUACAAUAAUUGUACAAGAAUAAAAUCUGUUGUUUUUGUUGA